AUGGACGAGGGUAUGGGAAUUCCUUUUGGCAAGCUUUCUUUGUACACAGCCCUUGGAGGGAUUCGACCAAAUGCUUGCUUACACACGAUUGAUGUGGGCACGAACAAUAAGCAAUUGUUGAAUGAUGAGUUCUAUAUUGGGUUGCGGCACAAGCUUGCUACUUGUCAGGAAUAUGCUGAAUUACUACAUGAAUUCAUGACUGCUGUCAAACAGAACUAUGGGGAUAAAGUACUUAUUCAGUUUGAGGAUUUUUCAAACCAUGAUGCAUUUGAAUUGCUUGCAAAAUAUAGCACAAGUUAUCUUCUCUUUAAUGAUGAUAUUCAGGGAACAGCUUCUAUUGUCCUGGCUAGGCUUGUUCCAGCACUAAACUUGGUUGGUGAAAAAUUACCGGAACACACUUUUUGGUUUCUUGGUGCUGUCUGGGACAUAGAAAUUGAAUCUCCAGGAUUAAUUGAAAAAGAACUUAUAGAUUCAUUUACUCAAAACUCAGGAGGUGCAGCAAGAGAUCAAUUGGCUUGGCCGCAUGCUUGGGCAUUCAGGCUAUCUUCUAGAAAACGAACUUUCGAGGUUAGCAUGGCCCGUAACUACAUCAGAGAUAAGAAUUGGAUGUACGUGUGUCGUGCAGAAUGCAUGGUGUUCGAUUACAUAACUUGGGUAUAUCAUGGAGAAAUUGAAGGUAUCAGUGAUGCAAAUGAAGAAGAACAAGAAGAAGACAACUUGUUUCUCGAUGAGGAAAUGGAUGAAAUGGUUGAGGUAGCUCUUGGUAACACUACCCUGUUGAAGAUCUUCCUUCCAGAGGAGGACAUCGUGAAAACAAUUAUGAUAAAUACAUGA